CAAAAACAAAUCACAAGAUGAAGCUUUCCACCUUUAAAUUACUUUAUGUCUGUCCUCUUCUUGUUCUGUUUUAUUCUAAUCCAUUUGUUGUAAUAGCCAUAUCACAAACUGAAAUUGUGAAGUGUUCAUUUUCUGCUAUUAUCGCGUUUGGUGAUUCAAUCUUGGAUACUGGGAACAACAAUUAUAUCGAAACAUUUCUGAAGGCAAAUUUCAAGCCAUACGGGAAGGAUUUCAUUGGAGCAAAAUCCACAGGAAGGUUUUGCAAUGGCAAGAUCCCUUCAGACUUAUUUGCUGAAAAACUUGGUGUAAAGGAGGCCUUGCCACCCUACCUGGAUUCAAAUUUGAAGAUUGAAGACCUCUUAACCGGGGUGUCCUUUGCAUCUGCUGGUUCAGGAUAUGAUCCUGUUACAGUUAAACUAACUAGGGCAUUGUCAGUAGAAGAUCAACUGAAUAUGUUCAAAGAGUACAUAGGAAAACUGAAGGCAGCAGUAGGGGAAGAAAAGACAACUCUCACUCUAACAAAAAGCUUGUUUCUUGUCAGCAUGGGAAGCAAUGAUAUUUCAGUAACAUAUUUUCUGACAUCAUUCCGGAAGAAUGAUUAUGAUAUCCAAGAGUACACAAGUAUGUUGGUCAAUAUGUCUUCCAAAUUUCUACAGGAACUUUAUCAACUGGGAGCAAGAAGGAUUGGAAUAAUUGGUUUAUCACCAAUAGGAUGUGUGCCAAUGCAAAGAACAGUAAGAGGAGGCAGCGAAAGGAAGUGUGUAGAAUCAGUAAACCAAGCAUCCAUGAUCUAUAACUCCAAGUUUUCUUCUUCAAUUAUGGAUCUCAAUACAAGAUUUCCAGAUGCUAGGCUUGUCUACCUUGAAAACUAUAGUAAAUUGAGUGGACUCAUUCAACAGUACAAUCAGUCUGGAUUUGAAGUGGCAGAUGAUGCAUGCUGUGGCAUUGGAAAUUUGGAAUUUGGCUUUAUCUGUAAUUUUCUCUCCUUAAAAGUCUGUAAUGAUGCCUCUAAAUAUGUGUUUUGGGAUGGUUAUCACCCGACGGAGAGAACUUACAAUAUACUUGUUUCAGAGGCCAUUACAAAGCACAUUGAUAAGUUUGUUUCAAAUACUUUCCUUUCUAACUGAACAAUGUACCCUCCAGUGAACUUACUGUCGAGAAAGGAAUGUAAGUAAUAGUAUAUUGGACCAGUCUAUGGUAAUAGAUUUGGUUUGUUAUGCUUAGUAAUGUACUCAGAAUAGACCCAACAAUGCUACAUGCAACAUUAUCAGGUUUCAAUUAA